AUGUUUUUGAGUUUGAUUACAGCAGCAAAUGCUAAAUGCGACAUAAAAAUCACAAAUUAUAGAGGUGAUAUCAUUGCAGAAGAAAAUUACACUACAAAUACUCAAUCUUUUAAAAUAAAUUCUACAAAUUGCAAGAAUCUUGCUAUUACUCCAGAAAGAGAUGUUUUGUAUGGCAUUUAUGACAUUGGAGAAUACACAAUUACAGCUUCGGGUACAAAUCCUGAUGAUGAGAACGUUACAAUCAAAAUUAAUAUAAAUGAAGUUCCAAAAGAGAAACGAAACUAUUACUAUAUUAUUAACCAUUGUGGAAUAUUCCCAAUGAUCACUUCCUUCUUUUAUUUAAUAUUCAAUUUAACAAGAGAUAUCAAUAUGGAGCUCCAGAUUAACAGAUAUCAAACUUUUAAUUUCACCAAGAUAACAGAAGAUUAUCCUAAUACAAUUUAUUAUUCAUCUCCUGGUGAUUCAUUACAUACUUACGAUUUAAUUAGAAAUAUCUCUCGUGAUGAUCCAAAUUCAUACUUCCAUGUUAGAGUAGAUGAUAUAAGAGUUGGCUAA